GAUCCAAUUAUGUGAUUUUCCUUUAAUUUACUAAUCCAAUGGCUUCGAUCCGCCGAGCUCUCUCGCCAGCACAUCGCGACCGUUCAUACCAGAACGGCGCCGGGUUCUCCUCUCCGGCUAACAAGUUUUUAACCAACGGAAGUGGUAAACACUUCCCCUUUUCUUCCUCGUCUUCGCAUUUACGGCCUUUGUUCACCGCCGUAAAUUUAGUGUACCGCAAAGGAUGGCGGCGGUCUUUUUGUAGGUGUCUCUUAUUUUUCGUAAUAGGAUUUGUUUUCGGAGUUGCUCCGUUUGGAUACACGGAUACCGAUGUCCGUACCAAGGAUUUCGCUUUCCCCGACCUCAAGCCGCCACCUGUCAACCUCCAAUUGGACUAUCAGGAUGUUUCUUCUGUUUCAUUGGGCGUCAAUACGAGAUUGGCGGAACAAAAGGAAGUUGCCGAUUUAAUCGAGCCGUUGAAGCAGUUAAUCGUCAUUACGCCGACUUGUAAUCGGGGAUUCCAGUCGUAUUUCUUGAACAGGUUAGGGCACGUUUUAAGGUUAGUGAAGCCGCCGUUGGUUUGGAUGGUGGUGGAUGAGAAAGCUGCGUCGCUUGAGACGGAAGAGAUUUUGAGGAAAACCGGGGUUAUGUAUCGGCACUUGGUGUCUACGCUCAACUCUAGCAGCGUGAAGGAGAGAACUGUUCAUCAGAGAAAUGCCGCUUUGGAACAUAUUGAACGGCAUAAGCUCGACGGGAUCGUUUUUUUUUUUGCCGAUGAAGACAAUUUCUACACGCUCGAGCUGUUUGAAAGCUUGAGAACUAUAAGCCGUUUCGGAACUUGGCCUGUUGCCAUGCUUGCACAAAGCAAAAACAAGGCAAUUCUGGAAGGUCCAGCGUGCAAUGCUAGUCAAGUAAUUGGAUGGCACAGAAACGAGAAAAUUAAAAGAUUUCGUAGGUUUCAUGCUGAUAUGCCGGGAUUUGCUUUCAACAGCACUAUCUUGUGGGAUCCAAAGAGAUGGGGACGCCCCUUCUCAAACCCAGUUCGACAGUUAGACAAGGAGAGGUUCCAAGAAACUACAUUUAUAGAACAAGUUGUGGAAGAUGAAAGUCAAAUGGAAGGUAUACCACACAGUUGUUCGAGGAUUAUGAACUGGCAUCUCCAUUUAGAUAUGGACAAUCUUGUUUAUCCCAAAGGAUGGCUACUUGAGAAGAAUCUCGAGGAUACCUUGCCAGUUAAAUGAUGGAAGCUCCUCUCUACAAUUCUUUUAUGUUGAGGGCUUAAUCGGUUGUGCCUAUAAUAUCUGCUGAUGGCACAUUAUUC